AUGGCAGGUGAUUGUAUCAAAACCUCCAAUCUAAUCUCAAUUGCAAAACAGGUCGCGAAUGAAUGUGCACGUUUACCUCUUGCCAUUGUGAUAGUUGGAGGCGCUCUUAGCAACAAAAACGACAAAAAGGAGUGGAAAGUCGCGCUUCAACAACUUAAAAUGUCUAUCCCACAUAAUAUUUAUGGUCUGCAUCCAAAGGUAUAUUCCAGCAUAGAGUUAAGUUACAAUUACUUAAGAAGUGACGAAGCCAAAUCAUGCUUUUUGCUAUGUUGUUUGUAUCCGGAAGAUUAUAAUGUUCUGGUUGAAGAUUUAGUCAGGUAUGGAGUUGUAAAAAGGUUUCUUAAAGGCUUGGGUACUGUGGAACAAACAAGAGAACAUGUCCACACAAUAGUUAAGAAUCUUAUAAGAUCAAAUCUCUUGCUGGAUGGCGACUACUACAAGGACGAAUACGUCAAAAUGCAUGAUGUUGUAAGGGAUGUCACCAUAUCAAUUGCAUCUAGAGACGAAAAUGGUUUUAUGGUAGUGUUGCAUGAAGAACUUGAAAAAUGGCCACAGAAUGGUGACAGUUACACCACAAUUUCUCAUUUACUUGGAGAAAUGAAAGGGCAUCCUACUGAGUUGAAGUGUCCCACAGUUCAGCUUUUGCAACUAUUAUGUUUGAAGCAUUCAAAAACAUUCCCAGACAAUUUAUUUGACGGGAUGAAGGAGCUAAAGAUGUUGUCUUUGCAAGAUUGUAGGUCUUCCUUGACGAUGUUGCCACCAUCAAUCCAGAUCCUCCAGAACCUUCAGAUGUUGAAUCUGGAGGAUUGUUGCUUAGGAGAUGUGUCGGCAAUUGGAACCCUUGGCAACCUAGAAAUUCUUAGCUUUUCUUAUUCCAAGAUCGAGGAGUUGCCGUCGGAAAUAGGAAAUCUUAGUCGUUUAAAGUUACUAGAUAUGAAGGGAUGUGAUUCUCUAAAGAGAAUUGCAGCUGGUGUAUUAUCCGGUUUAUCUCAACUAGAAGAAUUGUACAUGGGAAGAAUCAAGAAUUGGGGAUGUACGACUACGAUGGAAGGAAAUGGGGAAAAAUCAGUGUGCCAAGUAUCUUGUGCUUGCCAAAAGAAUUGGACUUCAGUAACCUCCCAUUUCAGAUUUAGGAUAAAUAUUUGUAUAAACGAUAAGUCAGGCGGUGUGAGAUAUUUAUUUGAAAAUACUUUGGAACUUGAAGUGAAGGAUGCAAGUGAUCUUGGGGAACACCGAACAAUUCAUUCAUUGUUGAAGAAUGCUGUAAUUUUGAAUUUGGAUAUUGAAAAAAAUUGGAAACAUAUUUGGUUUGAGAAAGAGGAAAAAGGAAUUAUCCCAUGCAGCUUGAAGAAUCUAUCAAGUUGUGGAUGUGAAGAUUUAGAAUAUCUACUCGAAGCCACAUCGGAUAGUACUCCACCUAAUACCUUCCAUCUCUUGCAGUCACUAUCAUUAUACUGCUUACCAAGGCUCAUUGGCAUAUGUAAAUCCACAGAUUCAGUUGAGAUUACAUUGACAAAGGAAGAGGAGCAAAAUGUGAGAGAGACUGAAAAUCAAGCAAAGAUGUUGUCGUUGUUUCAAUACAACUUGAUUGAAAGUUUGGAAAAUCUACAACAACUUUCUAUACAUCGAUGUGAUUCAUUGGAAGUGAUAUUUGAACUUGAGGGACUAAAUGCUGAAGAAAGCAAUAUCUUCAAUAAUUUGACAGUGUUGUCAUUAAUAUAUUUACCGAAACUAUUGCAUAUAUGGAAGAAAGGCCCACGAGAUAUUAAGGGAUUUAAUUACUUGAGAUUGCUACGAGUAUGGGAUUGUGGUAGUUUGAAAUGUUUGUUCACACCAUCCAUAGCAAAACUUCUUGUGAAAUUAGAGAAAAUACAAGUAUCUAGUUGCAAUGAAAUGGGAGAAAUCCUUGGAAAAGAAUUGGGAGAUGAAGAGAAUAGAGAUGUGAUUGCAUUCCCCCUAGUGAAGACCCUCAAGCUCGAGCAUUUAUAAAAGUUGGAGUGUUUUUACACCGAAGAUAAUCAUGCUUUUGAGUGGCCAUCUCUGGAUAAAAUAACAAUAUAUGGAUGCCCAAAAUUAAAAAUGUUCGUUUCAACAAGUACAGAAACACCUAAGCUAAAGGGAGUGCAUAUGAGGUUCGAAGGAAAUUUUCAACCAAUGGUAGAAGGAGACCUCAAUGCCACCAUACAACACAUUAUCAAAGGAAAGGGGUUGAAUUAAUCUUCUUCUCCAGUACCUUUUCCUCUAUGGAGUUUAUGGAGUCAGAGAUCAGAAGGUACCUAACACGAUUAAAUAUUUUUUUCUUUUAUACAAUCUAAAUUCUUAAAAGUUAUUUUCUUUGAAUUUCAGACGAUAAAGAUAUUUUUGAUUUUUUGAGAUCGCGGAAGUUCCAAGUCUCCGUAUACAUGAGCAUUGUAAGUUUCUAUACUUCACCGAUUCCCAUAUUUUCACUCCUUUUAUUUUUAAUUUCCUAUAAUUAUUUUUUUCUAAUUUUAGGACCCUCUUCUCAAUCUCUUGACUAGCAGUCGUAGACAUCCUUACUAGGUGAAUUCCCAAAUAAUUGUUUACUUCUC